AUGGCUGAAAGAAAGGGCCAGCAGAUGUCUCCCGAAGAGGUGCGCCGAAAGUGGGAUGAGCUCCUCGCGGUCAUCAACAACGUGGCCACAACGGCAGGUGACGUGCCGGAUGUCUCGGCGCCCGCCAGCCCGAGCGGCUCAGGAGGCCACCGGCAACGCGGUCAGCUGAAGGCGGCUCGAGAUUUGAUGGAGUCGAGCCAGCCAUCUCCAAAGCGCGAGAAGAUGUCUGCCCUGGACGACCAGCAUUCCCCGGAGUUCUCAGGGGAGAAGCUGCAGAGAGGCGCGGCGUCCACUGGGAACCUGUCCCCAAAGAGGGGACAGGGCCGACCACAAUGGGACGACAGGCAUCACCUGCUCUACUCCACGGUCAAUGACAAGAUGCAGAAGAAUGUUAGGUCUUAUUUCGACCGGCCGCGGGACAUCGAUGCCCACGGCCAGCGCUACGACCAUCCGCUGAGGACCACCUGGCAGCUCAACACUCCCAUGGACGCACCGCCCCCUGGAGCUGCCAUGGAGCUGUCCCCCAUGUCCACGGCGAACUUCGACAAGUUGCUGAAGCUCUCAAGGAGCUAUUCAGCCCCGAAGCUGACCCACUCGGAGCAGAAAGAGAAGAGGUGGAACGCGCGCCACCAUGUUUGUUUCGCCAAGGACAACCACUACUUCCAAGCGAACCUGAGGGAGUACUUUGAGCGGCCCAGGCAUCUACAUGUCUAA